AUGUGUGCCUUCACCUCUGCUCUCAACUCUACAUCAGAAGACGUAGAACAGUUCCGUAAAGAGUUGAGCGACAUGAAAAAAGAGCUUAAAGAUUUAGAUCGGUACAAGGCUGAAGUCGUCGAUCUUCGUGCUGAGGUGCUCGAACUUCGAAAUGAACUUGAAUCCAGACAACAAUAUAAGUAUCUUAAAGACAUUGAAUUGACGGGCAUCACUGAACACCAGAGUGAAAAUCUUCCGCAAAUAGUUACGAAUCUAACGACAAAACUCGGGAUUAGCAUGGACCCUCGUGAUAUCGAUGAUAUUAAACGAGUUGGUCAAAAGACUUCAGGGACAGAUAGUAGACCUCGGCCGGUGGUUGUUACUUUCACCCGACGGGCACCGCGCGACGAGAUGCUGCGUGCUGCGAGAGUCCGCCGCGGCCUCACCACCGAUAUGAUUCAAGUCCCUGGAAACUCCCGGCGUGUCUAUGUCAACGAGCAUCUGACAAAAUCGAAUAGGAUUUUAUUUAGUAAGGCGCGCGCCAUCGGUUCCCAACUCAAAUUUAGAUAUGUAUGGACAUCCAAUGGUACUAUUCUCAUGAGAAGAACAGACACUAGCUCCGUUCUUCGUGUUACCUCUGAAACGAUCUUAGACAAACUACUGAACCAGCAAGCAAGUAACAAAAGUCCUCAGGCUGACAGUCAGUAUUCCUAA